AUGUUGUCACAGAUUUUUGGCGAACAGUCCUCUCUGUUCAAUGCUCGUUACCAAUGUCUGCAGCUGGUCAAACGUGAUGCCGACGACUUCAUCACGUACGCGGGCAUGGUCAACCGUGAAUGCCAACGUUUUCAACUUGGCUCGCUCACCGAGGACCAAUUCAAAUGCCUGAUCAUCGUCUCUGGCCUCCAAUCUCCACACGAUGCCGAUAUCCGGACGCGCCUUCUGUCCAAGCUACAACAUGAUGGAUCAGUCACACUCCAGAACCUGGCCGAGGAGUGUCGAACGCUGCUCAACCUGAAGCACGAUUCUGCCAUGAUCCAGAACGCCGCCGCACCUGGUAUGGUCCAGGCAGUCACAGCACCGAGGGCGCAAUCGUCCGCGCGCCCCACCCAAUCCGACCGAGCGAAGUCCCUACCCUACGCGUGCCGAUUCUGUGGUGCCUGGCAUUUCCACCGCGACUGCAAGUUCCGCCAGCAUCGUUGUCAACGUUGUGGUAGGGUGGGGCACCGGGAUGGUUACUGCCAUCCUCCAUCUCCCAAGGGGGCCAAAACUGGGCUGGCCCCCACCCGCGAUCCAAAGAAGAGGUCCCGACCCAGACGCACACCCAAACCUGGUCCGGUUGGCAGCUCCCUGAGCCUGCUGGCCACGUUCCAAAUCAACGCUGCGGAUCGGAGAAAGUUCGUCGACGUCUUGAUCAAUGGUCAGUCGGUCCGACUGCAGUUGGACACUGCGUCGGACAUCACAAUCAUCUCCGAGGAUCUCUGGCGAUCCCUUGGCAAGCCACCGUUCGAACCGACCUCCCAAUCUGUCACCAGCGCCUGUGGUGGCCGCGUGCAGCUAACUGGGCAGCUGCACUGCUCCGUCUCCUUCCGGGGCGCCACGUUCAACGCGAACCUGCUACAUCACGAAGGCGAAGCUCAACGUACUUGGUCUCGACUGGCUCGAAACCCUUGGCUUGGCCGAUCUUCCUCUUCAGGCCAUCUGCAACGUGGUACAUUCUCCGACAGUACCAAACGACCGAACCGAUGA